UUUUCACCGGGACACUCUGACGUUCCUCUGCGGGCUCUGGACGUCUGGUCCCCGGGGUGAACAGUCUGAAACUCGGCCUCUUGCUCCGACCCGCAGCUGCUCCAGGAUUUCCGGGUGAAUCCUCCUCAUCAGAUCCGUGUGUGGAGCCUCAGCGGCGGUCACGAGUCUCUCUCACCCCGGGCUCACUUCCUGCAGCUCCCGGACAGACAGGUCUGCUUCCCCGGUGCCUGCGGCUCGGAUCCCCGGUGCCUGCUGCUCUGCUCCCCGGGACAUGUCUUCCCUGGAGGCGGUGACGCGCGGCCUGGAGCUCGCAGGUCAGCGGCACGUCCUGCAGUUCUGGCCGGAGCUGGAUGAGGAGGAGCGGGCGCGGUUCCUCCAGGACCUGGACCUGCUGGACCUGGACGGGCUGCGGGCUCACUGCGAGCGGGCUGCGGCCGCCGCGGCUGCUCCUCCGGCCGGCGGGGACCGGAGCAUCGAGCCGGUUCCUCCGGAGCUCAUCGGCAGCGUGAGGACCAGCGACCCGGAGAGUCUGUCCGCCUGGCGGGAGGAAGGGCUGAUGCAGAUCUCUCAGAACCGGGUCGGGGUCCUGCUCCUGGCCGGGGGGCAGGGGACCCGGCUCGGGGUCCAGUACCCCAAAGGGAUGUACAACGUCGGGCUGCCGAGCAACAAAACCUUGUACCAGAUCCAGGCCGAGCGAAUUCACAAAAUCCAGGAGCUGGCAGAUGUGAAGCAUGGAUCCAGAUGCUCAGUUCCAUGGUACAUCAUGACCAGCGAGUUCACCCUGGCUCCCACUCAGAAGUUCUUCGAGGAGAACAGCUACUUCGGUCUGGAGCCGUCCAACGUCAUCCUGUUCGAGCAGAGGAUGAUUCCAGCUGUGACCUUUGAUGGAAAGGUCAUCCUGCAGGGGAAAGGGAAGAUCGCCAUGGCGCCAGAUGGUAACGGCGGACUGUACCAGGCGCUGGUGGACAACAAGGUUCUGGAGGACAUGAGGAGGAGGGGCGUGGAGUACCUGCACGUGUACUGUGUGGACAACAUCCUGGUCAAGAUGGCCGACCCCGUGUUCAUCGGGUUCUGCGUGAGCAAAGGGGCCGACUGCGGCGCCAAGGUGGUGGAGAAGGCGUUCCCCACAGAGCCAGUGGGCGUGGUCUGCAGGGUGCAGGGCGUGUCCCAGGUGGUGGAAUACAGCGAGAUCCACCCAGACACGGCCGGACUGCGAGGACCUGGAGGAGAUCUGGUCCACGGAGCAGGAAACAUCUGCAUCCACUUCUUCACCAGAGCGUUCCUGCAGGAGGUGGCAGAGAAAUUUGAAAGUCAACUCAAACCACACGUGGCGAUCAAGAAGGUUCCCUUCGUGGACUCGGAGGGGAACCAGGUCAAACCCACCAAACCCAACGGGAUAAAGAUGGAGAAGUUUGUUUUCGACGUGUUUCCUUUCUCCAGGAACUUCGUUGCCUUUGAGGUUUUAAGAGAAGAAGAGUUUUCUCCUCUGAAAAAUGCCGACAGUGCAGCGACCGACAACCCGACCACGGCCAGGAACUCUCUGCUGACUCAGCACUGCCGCUGGGCCGCGGCGGCUGGGGCGACGCUGCUGGACCAGCACGGGAAACCACUUCCUCCUGCAGCCAGUGUAUCACCGGCAGACGCUCCUCCAGCUCAGUGUGAGAUUUCUCCGCUGGUAUCUUAUUUUGGAGAGGGUCUGGAUCUGAUGCUGAAGGGAAAGAACCUGCGGACUCCUCUGAUCCUGGAUCUGAUCAAGGCCCAAGACCUUCAGGCUCAGUGAUGGAACAGAACAGACCAUGAAUUCAUCUCUGAACUGAAAAAUCAAUCUCUCAUAAUUCUCACUUUUUUAAGAGCUACAAAUAAAUGUGAUCAUUUCAAAUCUAAGAAGGGAAUUUAAAUAAUUUUUUUUUUACUUCUAAUAAAAAAUAUGUUCUAAAAAGCAAA